CAAGGUUGGUUAUUGCUAAAAUAAUUGUAUAGAUAAAUGCUUUGUUUAAAAUAAUGAGUAUUGGUACUUGUAUGCACUACUCAGAGCCAUGCAGUUGUUUUUUUUUGUGAACUCAUCUUAGUGAUGAAUUGAGUGGAAUUUUAUAAAAUUAAGUAACUUGUUUUAAUACAGAAAAAAAUUAUAAGAUUUUAUCAAUAAUUAGGAAUUUUUGGAACAGUUAAGGAUUUUCAGAUUGUUCACAAUGUCUGCAUACACCUAAACAGUCUUUGGUAAAGAUAACUUGGGUAUUUCAUUGCAAGUGUUGUAGAUAUUUUAAGCCCGUAAAAUUAAUCUAAUUUCAGCACCUUUAUGGAUUUCAUCAGUUGGAAUUUGUUAACUAAGAUAUUGUGGUUGGAUGAUUCAACAUCCAAGCAAAUGUAAAUGUAUUGCGGGUUCUGGGGUUAAAAGUAAUGAUGAUAUUGAACUUUACCCAAAAUUAAAUAUAUAUUAACUUUAAUAUAUGAAAGUAAAAGUGAAUGUUACAAAUAAUUGGAGCCUGAUCUCUUUCGCUGUCAUCCAUCACAGUUCACUGACAAAGGGAGCUGAUUGCCUCGAUUGUGAAAGAGACCAGAUAACACUGGCAGCUUAUACAUCAGCAAUUCCGAUAGAUUCUACCUCGAAUACCAAUGAUAAUGAAUCUUGGUUAAAGAAUUCCAGUUUUCAAAUAGAUUUACCAAACGUUUCGGAGAAUACUACUGAAAAACAAAAUAAAGAAAAAGCUGAAAAUAUCGCGAAAUUAACACAAAAGAAACGCAAACACAGUAAUUCGAAAAAGAGAGAAAUUAACGCAGACUUGAUAUCCAGUGAUGGAGAUUUAUUUCAUACAGAUUCAGGCGGUGCUAGAGAAUUAUUAACUGUGAAAACAAUAUCUAGACCUUCCGCUCCUAUUUACGAUUUAAAAUAUUGGAUAGAUGAUCCUAAAUUUAAGAAGCCUAGAUCAAUGAAAAGUAAAUUUAAACGUUAUCAUCAAUACCGAGAAUCUAAUUCAGAUGUUGAAGUUAAAAUAACAUCUAAGAAUUUAAAUGAUGUUGAUUUUACCCCCAGAGAUGAACACUUCAUUGGGUUCAAACAUGAAGAGGAAUUAAGUAGUAAAACAGGGUUUUACAAUAAGCACCUUGCUGAUAAUCCUCAUGAUAUAAAGAAAUGGUUAGAAUAUAUAAAUUUUCAAGAUACUAUUCAUUUGUUUGAGAAGAGUUAUAGAAAAGGUAGUGUGGCUAAAGGUCAAAGGGUACUAGCCGAAAGAAAAUUAUCUAUUUUACAUAAAGCAUUGGCACUUAAUCCUACUAGUGAAAGUCUUCAAAGAGAAAGAUUAAAUAUUGCUGUUUCGACAUUUCCUGCUGAUGAAUUACAGAAUUAUCUUUGUGAUGCAGUUGAAAAGGAUAAAAGCAACAUAAUAUUAUGGCAGGGUUACAUUGAAAGUACUCAAUGUUCAAUGUCUCAUUGCAACGCACCUGUUGUUCUGGACUUAUACACAAAAUGCCUUUCCGUUCUACAUCAGCUCAGACGUGCUAGUUCAGUAGAAAGACAUACUUUAGAGGAAUGUAUUUUGAAAAUGUUGUAUCAAUGUGGAUUAUUUUUAAAACAAGCCGGACUAUUCGAACAAUUAUGGACGGUAUUAAAGAUGUAUCUACAAUUAAAUUUAUCUCCGAACGAUAAUAAUCAAUUCAAUUUAUCUUCUGGUUGUUCAGAAACUCAGUUGAUGGAAUUAGAAGAUGUUAUUUUUACUUCGAAUUUACCCUUACACGAGUUAUGGUUACGUACUGAAAAAUUGAGGGAAGCAUGUCAUUGGUUACCAUAUUUGAAUGAUGAAAAAUACGAAGAUCCCCAGAGGAUGGUGUUUUCUGAAGACGUCGCACUUUUAAUACACCCUAUAACAAUGCCAGAAAACAUAUUUAAAUUAGCUGCUACAGUAUUUUCAUUAUUAAAAAUCCCUUUGUUGCCUUGUCGACAUACCACAAUGGGGGAAUUGGGUUUGGAUUACGUACCAUGGAAUUUGGAUUCCAUCGAACCGCUUUUAGCAAUUUUUUUUCCGCUUUAUCAUGUAGAAACUCCUAGAAAUUUAUGGAAUAAUGUAAGAUUAGCCGUUGGACCUCAAUAUCUGAAUAAAAUCCCUGGUCACGAAGAAUAUUUGAUGUUUGUUAUAACAAUUAUGGAAAGAACUGUUAAAUGUCUUACCGGUGAUGAUAAAAUAUCUUGUACAAUUUGGUUUUUCAAAUUCCAAAGGUUAUUGGUGAUUUUAGAUAAAUUAAAAUUAUUUACUAUGACUGAUACACUGAAGAAAUGUUUUAAGAAGAAUUUUAAAGAUUUUUUAAAGCUAGAAGAAAAUAGACAAAACGAAAUUUAUUAUUUAGAAUAUGCUUUACUAGAACUAGAAUUUGGUAACGUUGAAGGUUGUAUAAAAAUAAUAAGAGCCUCAUUAAACUUUAAUGUAGAAUUAUGUACAACAAAUAUAAGUAGUCGACAAAAAAAUUGGUGUUGUCUCUAUAGACACCUUGUGGAAAUAUAUGUUAGAAGAGGAAAAAAGGAUGAGGAAGUUAUUAAACUACUUUGUGAAAUGAGCCUACAAGAAGAUACCACAUUUAACGAAGAAACUUUAUGUCGAGCUAAAACGCGAUUUCAAACGAUGACUCAAAAUUUGAUAAAAGGCGUGCAAACAAAAUUGAAAUGCCGAGAUCACUUCUUACCGGAUUUCUUCACAGAUUGGCUCAUGUGUAAUUCAUGGUUUAUUUAUUUCAAUGAAAACCCAACACAAUGUUUCGUAUUUUUAGAAAACGUUUUGCAGACACUCGAAGAUAACAGUGAAAUUUUAUGGCAAAAGGAAAUUAUAAACGAGUUCUAUGUAGCUCUAUUAUUUCAAUAUUAUUCCACUAAUCCUUCAGUUGUUAUUUUGAAUCGGUUAGAUACAGUCCUACACAAAGCUAUUGAAAUAUAUCCGAAUAAUUUAUUUUUGUUAUCUAUUUUGGAUAAAAGGGAAAUGAAACAAAACACUUUGGGCUUGAGGUGGUGGAAAGUGAAAAAAAUGUUGUUAAAACCAGAUAGAGCAAUAUCUUCUUUAUUCGGUAUUAUUAUUGUAAAUAGGAAGAUGGAGAAUUUUCAAGAGAUAUGUGAUACCAUAACCGGUAACAAGUGUGAGGUGUACACAGGCUUGAAAAAUUGUAUGAUGUCUUUGUUUAAAAAAAUUACAACGAAUACUAAUUCCAGAAAAUGUGGUUUGAUAUGGAGAUUGUAUUUACAAUUUGUUUAUGUAAAUUUUUCACCGGAAAUCUGCAGGAAUGUGUAUUAUUCUGCUGUCGAAGAAUGUCCUUGGUUAAAGGCUUUAUACAUGGAUGCUGCAAUUUACAUUCCGGCGGAAUUGACACAAAUUCAAGACUUGAUUAUUGAGAAGCAGCUUAGAUUGCACGUUACUCCCGAAGAACUGGACGUUUUGAGAGGUUAAUAAAAGAUGAAUGUGUAUGAUGUAUCUUCGGGCUAACCAAUGAUGGUUGACCAUAUUCUUCGUAUUAGAAACUACUUUUGUUACUCAAUAAUCAAAAUUUUAAUUCUCAAUCUAUAACCAACUACCGUCUUAUCGUGUUGGUUGGUUAACAUACACAAGUUCAAAAGCUUCAUGUGCACAACUUUGGAAAAAAUUAUACUUUAUUAUAGAAAUGGAUAUUUAUGGUCGUUAGAGUCACAUCAAUAUAAGAUAAAAGUAAGUAAAGGAACUUCUGUCUGUCUAAAGGGCACAUGGAAUCACUUAACCAUGACGUAGGUUCCUACUACGAGCGGUUAGUGUAUAACUAUAAAUCUUAACAAAUCCAUUACAUUAGUAUAAAGACAAAAAUUAAGUGAUCUGAGAGGAUACGUUAAUAGAGGGUAAAAUAAGGAACACUUUGUAUCUGUAGUGGUGAAAUAAUUCACACCAGAGAUUGUCUCAGUCUGGGUUACAUGCAAUGUUACCUAAUUUUGAAUAGGAAAUUAUCAUGUCAGAACAUUUUGUUAUUUUAAUAAAUAUAUGUUAUAUUCAGAUA